AUGGCAUUCAACGGCACCGCCAACCUGCCCCUGCCCGGGUCAUUCACCCCGGCCAGCCUGAGGUUCGCCAGCACCCCGCGCAGCCCGGGCGCGGGCAGGUCGAAGCUGCUCUCCAACAAGGUGCAUGCACACUCGCAGAACGGCAAUGGCGCCACGCCCAGCAGGAACGGCAGCAGUGGUAGCAACAGCAGGAAUGGCAGCAAUGGCAACAAUGGCAGCAACGGCAACAGGUGUAUGUCCAACCCCGUCCUCACAAAGGACUUCUGCGCGCCCUGGACGGUGCCUGAGUCUGGCAUUGCCGACGCCCUGGGCCUGAUGGCGUCGGGCGACCUCUUCCGGUACAACCGGGCGGACGCCAACUCCACGGCGUCCAGGGCGGAGGUCGCGCUCGCCGAGUACACCGGGCACAAAUACUGCCUGGCUGUGAACUCCGGCGCGUCGGCCAUCUUCCUGGCUCUUGUUUCGGCGGGCGUCCAGCCGGGCGACAAGAUCUUCUCGAACGCCCUGACCUUCGGG